AUGGCAAAGGCAUUGCAGUUACCUGCAAUUAAUCCAUUUGAUGUUAACGGUGACCAAACAAGUGUCUCACAAAGGUGGGACAGGUGGAAGAAAACCUUUGAAUUCUACCUAACAGCAUCCGGCAUUACGGAUAAAGCGCAAAAAAGGGCUUUAUUUCUACAUUCCGCGGGAAGUGAAGUUCAAGAAAUAUUUGAUACCCUUGGGGAGUCGGGAGAUGAUUUGGACGGUGCCAAAAAGAAAUUAGAUGAGUACUUCCAACCAAAACGGAACAUAGCAUUUGAGCGCCAUUUGUUCAGGAAUGCGGCACAAGGUGAAACAGAAAAAAUUGACAGUUUUGUGACUAGGCUGCGCAAACUGGCCGUAACCUGUGAAUUUGAGAAGCCAGACGACAACAUUCGAGAUCAAAUUGUUGAAAAGUGUAGAUCGUCAAAAUUAAGAAAAAGACUCCUAAAGGAAAAGGAAUUAACUUUAAAAAGUGCAAUGGAUAUAGCCCGAGCUGGCGAAAUUGUAAACGAGCAAGCAGACAGAUUCAAGGGCAGUGAAACAUUUUCAAGCUCCGAUGUAAACACUGUUAGGCCGUCGGUAAGUCACAGGAAACAAUACGUGUCUGAGAAAAGUUCGCAGAAAGAUGCCACGUGUUUUCGGUGCGGACGGAAGGGCCACAUUGCAAGGAACUGUACAAUUACUAAGGACAAAACAUGUAAUAAGUGCGGAAAGAAGGGUCAUUUCGCAAAAGUGUGUAAGACCAAAUCGGAUACCCCGCGCACUAGACCAGGUAAGGACCGCAGUACAAAGCAUGUUCAUUUAGUGCAGAGCGAGUCCUCAGAUGACGAGUUCGCAUUUGCUGUCUACAAAAAAGAUACAAAUGGCAUGAUAGACGUUAGCGUGGGCGGAGCUAAGAUACAGAUGCUAAUCGACUCUGGCGCAAGCUGCAAUAUCGUGAACCACAAUGUAUGGAGCGCCAUUAGCGCUAACGAUGAAACAAUGUCCCUAUCGAGAAGCACAAAAAGAUUGUUUUCUUACGGAUCAAAGGAACCAUUACAAAUACUAGGAACAUUUCGGGCAGUCACCAAGCAUGGACUGCGUGAAACAUAUGCAGAGUUUGCUGUCGUUGAAGGCGAUUAUAUUUCCUUACUAGGAAAAGACACAGCGGUAGAGCUAGGAGUUUUACGCAUAGGGACCGAUGAGCCGAACCUAUGCUCCGUUAGAAAUGAACUUGAUAGGAUUGUUGCCUCAAGAAAUUCUGUUUUCAAUGGAGUAGGGAAACUGGAAAAUUUUCAACUGAAAAUUCAUAUCGACAAGACCGUGACCCCUGUAGCACAACCGUUACGACGCUUACCAUUUAAUGUGAGGAAAAGCGUGAACAAAAAGCUCGAGGAGCUGGAGAAGAUGGACAUAAUUGAGAAGGUAAACAGCCCAACGGCUUGGGUGUCGCCACUUGUCGUUGUGCCUAAGAAAAACGGGGAAAUUCGAAUCUGUGUUGAUAUGAGACGGGUCAACACUGCCGUUCAACGUGAGCGAUACCCGAUUCCGACUGUGGAUGAAAUGCUUGAAGAUAUGAACGGCAGCACAGUGUUCUCAAAACUUGAUUUACGUUGGGGAUACCACCAAAUAGAGCUAGACGAGGAAUCAAGAGAGAUAACCACAUUUGUGACACACGAGGGCCUUUAUCGCUAUAAGCGCCUCAUGUUCGGAAUUUCCUCAGCAUCUGAGAUCUACCAAAGAGUAAUUGGACAAGUUAUUCAAGGUAUCAAAGGAGUGAGGAAUUUGUCUGAUGACAUCAUAGUUUACGGGACGGACCAGGCGGAUCAUAACAAGAAACUUACGAAAGUGCUUGACAGAUUAGCUGAGAAAGGGCUUACCCUUAACAGAGAAAAAUGCGAAUUCGGUCUAUCUAAAAUUGUUUUCCUCGGACAUGUGAUUUCAUCAGAGGGGGUUAAACCUGACCAGGAAAAGAUCAAAGCAGUAUCGGAGACCAGGACGCCGAGCAACAGUUCCGAAAUAAGGAGCUUCCUGGGGCUGGCAAAUUACUGCGGCCGUUUUAUACCAAAUUUCUCAACAAUUGCUGCCCCUUUACGAGAACUUACAAGGAAGAACACGCACUGGAGUUGGACGAAAAGACACCAGGAUGCGUUCGACAUGCUGAAAAGAGCGCUCGUGAGUGCCGAAGCUCUAGCAUAUUAUAAUUCAAAAGCCGAGACAAGAAUAAUCGUGGAUGCAAGUCCCGUUGGACUUGGGGCCAUUCUAGCACAGAAACAACCAGACGGAUUGUUCAAACCAAUUGCAUAUUCAAGUCGAACUCUAACCGACGUUGAGCAACGGUACUCGCAGACUGAGCGCGAGGCUCUAGGUGUCGUGUUUGGUUGUGAAAAGUUUCACAUGUAUAUAUACGGGCUAGAAUUCGAAAUCUGGACGGAUCACAAGCCGUUGACCUACAUUUUUUCUCCAAAGUCGAAACCACCAGCUAGAAUCGAGCGAUGGAUAUUGCGACUUCAACCGUAUAAGUAUAAGAUUGUCUAUAUACCUGGGCCAAAGAAUGCUGCUGAUGCUCUAUCCAGAUUGAGUCAGAAUCAGGCUUGCCGAAUACGCCACAUUGCAGACGAGUAUGCGCAUUUCAUUGCAGAUAAUGCUGUACCGAAAGCACUCACUAUUCAAGAAGUUCGUCAGAAAACGUCGGAGGACCGAGAACUCGUCGAGAUUAUGAGGAGGAUCAAAACAGGACACGGGCGUCUGGAUCCUAAAAUUCGUACUGUGGAAGCGGAACUUUCAGUCGUCGACGGAAUAGUAUUACGUGGAUCGCGCAUCUUACUGCCUAAAUGCCUAAGGAAACAAACAAUACAGUUGGCCCACGAAGGACACCAGGGUAUUGUCCGCACGAAACAAAGAUUAAGAGAAAAAGUAUGGUGGCCAGGCAUAGAUACAGAAGCCGAGCGAUUUGUUAGAACAUGUCAACAAUGCCAACUUUUGUCGAACAACAAUAGGCCCGAACCAGUUCGAACAACGAUAUUACCCGAUGGGCCAUGGCAGGAUCUGGCUAUAGAUCUUAUGGGACCGUUUCCUUCUGGGGAAUAUCUACUAGUCGUUAUAGACUAUUUUUCCCGAUUUCAGGAGGUAGCCAUUAUGAAAACGAUAACCAGCGAGAAGAUCAUUCUUCAACUUGAGAGAAAUGGGGAGGUAGAAAGGCAAAACCGAACACUACUCAAAGCCAUUAAAGCUGCAAACGCAGAAGGCAAGGAUUGGAGACAAGAACUACCCAAGUUUUUACUUGCGUACCGUGCGACCCCACAUUCUACAACCGGAAAAAGCCCUGCAGAGUUAUUAUAUAAUCGGAAAAUUCAUACCAAGUUACCAGAGAUCAGUGCAAGAAUCGAUCACAAAGAAAUAAGAGAAACGGACGCAAGACGGAAAGAGGAUUUUAAAAUAAGAGCGGAUGAGAAGCGCCGCGCCAUACCGUGUGAAAUUGAGAUCGGUGACACUGUUGUACAACGUCAGCCAAAGCGCGAUAAGUUGUCAACCGAGUUCGCUCCUGAGAAGUUCAUCGUGAGGGAGAAAUGCAGAAAUGCAGCGACUCUCGAGGAUGAAAAUGGAUCGUUGAUUAAGCGAAACUGUACGGCUAUAAAGAAAUUUAUAUCGAGCGACGAAAACGAAACGGAAACGCAUGACCCCGAAAUUAGCGCAGACGAAACAGGAGACGAAUUGGAUAAAGACCGUUCUGUCACAGAUACCGGAAGACCAACCCGGGAACGUAAACCACCCGCCUAUCUAAAAGACUAUGUGACCACCUGA